GCCAAUGGUGCACGGAGCGAUUGCUGAAGUGGGGUACUGGCGGUGGAUACGUCAGCUGAUUGAGAAAAGGAGACGCGUGGGAGUGCGUGGCUGCAGCAGGAGCUGGCUCAGACAUCCCGUGGUUGGUCGGUCUCCGAUGCCCUUCAUUGAGGAGGGGGCGUCAGAACCCUGGUGAGCGCAUCUCAGGCCCCCCCCAACCCAGUGUCUUCGCGGCCCCCCAGGCCCUCACACCCCAGUCUCGCUGCCAUGGCUGAAAAUGCAGAGGGGGACCUGAACUCCAACCUGCUCCACGCCCCCUACCACACCGGGGAUCCUCAGCUAGACACGGCCAUCGGGCAGUGGCUUCGUUGGGAUAAGAAUCCCAAAACAAAAGAGCAGAUUGAAAAUCUGUUACGGAAUGGGAUGAACAAGGAGCUCCGGGAUCGUCUUUGUUGCCGAAUGACUUUUGGGACUGCAGGACUUCGUUCUACUAUGGGGGCAGGAUUUUGCUAUAUUAAUGACCUUACAGUAAUACAGUCAACACAGGGAAUGUACAAAUACCUUGAAAGAUGUUUCUCAGACUUCAAGCAGAGAGGCUUUGUUGUUGGGUAUGACACCCGGGGUCAAGUAACUAGCAGCUGCAGCAGCCAGAGACUUGCUAAACUCACUGCUGCAGUCUUACUAGCCAAAGAUGUUCCUGUGUACCUUUUUUCAAGAUAUGUUCCUACACCUUUUGUACCAUAUGCAGUCCAGGAGCUCAAAGCAGUUGCAGGUGUGAUGAUUACUGCUUCUCACAACCGCAAAGAAGACAAUGGAUACAAGGUUUAUUGGGAAACUGGUGCUCAGAUCACAUCUCCUCAUGAUAAAGAAAUUCUGAAAUGUAUAGAAGAAUGUGUGGAACCUUGGAAUGGUUCCUGGAAUGAUAAUUUAGUGGAUACCAGCCCACUGAAGAGAGAUCCUCUGCAGGACAUUUGCAGGAGAUACAUGGAAGAUCUUAAAAAGAUAUGUUUUCACAGGGAAUUAAACUCAAAGACCACCUUGAAAUUUGUACAUACAUCUUUCCAUGGGGUUGGACAUGACUAUGUGCAGUUGGCUUUUCAGGUGUUUGGUUUUAAGCCUCCAAUUCCAGUACCAGAACAAAAAGAUCCUGAUCCAGACUUUUCUACUGUUAAAUGCCCAAAUCCUGAAGAAGGAGAAUCUGUGCUGGAACUUUCUUUGAGACUGGCAGAGAAAGAAAAUGCCCGAAUUGUGCUAGCCACAGAUCCUGAUGCAGACCGGCUGGCAGUGGCAGAACUUCAGGAGAAUGGUCACUGGAAAGUUUUCACAGGGAACGAGUUGGCAGCUUUGUUUGGGUGGUGGAUGUUUGACUGCUGGAAGAAAAAUACAUCAAGAAAUGCUGAUGUGAAGAAUGUUUAUAUGUUAGCCACCACGGUCUCUUCCAAAAUUUUGAAGGCAAUUGCACUUAAAGAAGGAUUUCAUUUUGAAGAAACAUUACCAGGUUUUAAAUGGAUUGGAAGUAGGAUAAAAGACCUCCUGGAAAAUGGGAAAGAAGUCCUUUUUGCAUUUGAGGAGUCAAUUGGUUUUCUGUGUGGCACUUCGGUUUUGGAUAAAGAUGGGGUGAGUGCAGCCGUAGUUGCUGCCGAGAUGGCAGCUUACCUGGAAACCAUGAAUAUAACACUAAAACAGCAGCUGAUUAAGGUCUAUGAAAAAUAUGGUUAUCAUAUUUCAAAAACUUCAUAUUUCUUGUGUUAUGAUCCAAGUACCAUCAAAAGUAUAUUUGAAAGGCUUCGCAAUUUUGAUUCUCCAAAAGAAUAUCCAAAAUUCUGUGGGACAUUUGCUAUAUUGCACAUACGGGAUGUUACUACUGGCUAUGACAGCAGCCAGCCUAAUAAGAAAUCAGUAUUGCCUGUGAGUAAAAAUAGCCAAAUGAUUACAUUUACUUUUCAAAAUGGCUGUGUCGCUACUCUUCGGACAAGUGGGACAGAACCAAAGAUAAAAUAUUAUGCGGAGAUGUGUGCAUCCCCUGAGCAGAGUGACACUGCCUUCCUAGAAGAGGAAUUGAAGAAACUCAUUGAAGCUUUGAUUGAGAAUUUUCUUGAGCCUAGUAAAAAUGGACUGAUCUGGCGUUCUGUUUAGUGCACACCAGUACGCCAUGACUUGGCACCGGCACAUGGAACAGAACAACCAGGAAUUCCAUGCAUUGAAGUCGUGUUAGCAUUCUCUAUCUCAUCUGGUCAAGUAUCUUUGCACUUUGAUUUUCUUUCUUUCGGUGGGCUGAUGAAACAAACUGUAUAAGUUCGAAAGGAAAUGAUCUGGAGAGAAAGGAUUCGAAUUUUUUCAUAAUCUUGAACAAAUGUCAUUGCAUUAAAAGUAUUCUAGUAACACAUUGUUCUUCCUUUAACAGAAAAAAAAAACAAUACAAAAGUGAGUUUUCUUAUUAAAGUGUGAUUAAGCUUAGUUCCGUAUUGUACUUGUGUAUAGCACGGUUUUUUAAAAAGGUAGAUAAAUGUUAUAUAGUUGUUGAAUUAGCUAAGGAAAUUAAUCUAUAAAAUUGACAAGAAAAUGGCAUUGCUCCCAGCAUAGUGUGGCAAAGUAUCAUUAUUACAUCAUAGGUAUUAACUUACAAAGUAGAGUAUUUGAAAUUGGGCAUUUCUAGCUUAGAACAGAUGUUACCAUAUGUGUUUCAGGUGCUCUUGGUGCAGUGUAAAUUUAUUGUAUGUAUUUAAAAUUCUGACGUUUACUGAAUAUGAAACAAUAGUGGCAAUGCUCCUAGUGGCUUCGUUCUUGUCAGAUUUCUUAGUGCCUUCUCAGGGUAUGUUAUGAAUUAAAACAGUGUUCCUGCAUUGACUAUAAUUUAGUCAGUUAAUUUUCAGACAGUUAUUUCAGACCAAACUAUAUAGGUGCUUCCCCUCUAUAUCAAAUCAAUUCGCCCUCCUAAAAAUCUUAUGAAUGUAAAUGAAAAUCUUAAUAAAAUCAGAUUCAAAGUAA